CCACUAGCACGGAACAGGAAAGGGGAGAGAGAGAGAGAGAGAGAGAGAGAGAGAGAGAGAGGGAGGGAGGGAGAGAGAGGGAGGUAGAAGAAUCGAAGGUCCAAGCUGCUAUUUCAAUGGCGGCCAGGUGUUAUCUAGCGGCUAACUAAUCCCCCCGAAGCCCUCAAAUCUCAGCUCUCGUGCCUUCUUCCCGCGGUUCCCCCGCAAACCCUAGUUUUCGCGCGGUCCGGCCGAAUUUCAUCGGCUCGUGCCAUGGGCCAGCAGGAGAAAUCCUCGGCGAACUCUAAUUCGAUGCAGCGUGUUAAAGUUUACUGCCUGAGCGAUGAUGGCAAGUGGGAUGAUCAAGGAACUGGGCAUGUUAGUGUUGACUAUCUAGAGAGGUCAGAAGAUUUGGGUUUGUUUGUAUUUGAUGCUGAAGACAAUGAGACACUGCUUAUGCAUCGUAUCAGAGCGGAAGACAUCUACAGGAGGCAAGAAGACUCUAUCAUUGCUUGGAAAGAUCCUGAUUAUGCUACAGAAUUGGCUCUCAGUUUCCAAGAGCCUGCUGGAUGCUCAUUCAUAUGGGAACAUAUCUCUAAUGUGCAAAGAAAUCUGCAGUUUUCUGCUAUUAACAAUGAUACAUUUCAAAGUGUGAAUAGUGAGUUGAGGGAGCUGCCUGCAGUUGACCUAGCCAGCCUUCCGUUACUGCAUAAGAUGGUGGUUGAAAGUGGGAUUGCUGAUCAGAUGCGGUUGACGGAACUUUUAUUGCAUGAUCUAGAUUUUUUCCAAAGGUUGAUGGAGCUAUUCAGGAUAUGUGAGGACUUGGACAAUUUAGAAGGUCUGCGCAUGAUAUAUAGAAUAGUCAAAGGGAUAAUCUUACUCAACAGCCCUCAAAUUUUUGAGAAAAUAUUUGGAGAUGAGCUGAUGAUGGAUAUCAUUGGAUCUCUUGAGUAUGAUCCUGAGGUCUCUCAAGUACAUCACCGUAAUUUUCUAAAAGAGCACGUCGUGUUUAAGGAGGCAAUUCCAAUUAAAGAUCCCAUUGUCCUGUCAAAGAUACACCAGACAUAUAGAGUUGGUUACUUGAAGGAUGUGAUUUUGGCUAGAGCUCUGGAUGAUGCCACCAUCGCAAACCUCAAUUCCAUUAUUCAUUCAAAUAAUGCUGUUGUUGUUUCAUUGUUAAAGGAUGACAAUACGUUUAUCCAGGAGUUGUUUGCAAGAUUGCGGUCACCCACGACUUCGUCAGAGUCGAAGAAAAAUUUGGUCUACUUCUUGCACGAUUUUUGCAAUUUAAGCAAGAGCCUGCAGAUGGUCCAGCAACUCCGGCUAUUCAGGGAUCUCAUAAAUGAAGGUAUUUUUGACAUCCUUAAGGAUGCUUUGCAGAGCCAAGACAAUAGGCUUGUAUUAACUGGGACAGAUAUACUUAUUCUCUUUCUAAAUCAGGACCCAAACCUUCUGCGUUCUUAUGUUGUUCGGCCAGAAGGAGUUCCACUUCUGGGACUCCUGGUUAAAGGGAUGAUCACUGAUUUUGGGGAAGACAUGCACUGCCAAUUUCUUGAAAUUCUUCGGAGUUUGUUGGAUUCACAUCCGCUAGCAGGAGGACAGAGGGACAUCAGUAUCAUUGAGAUAUUCUAUGAGAGGCAUUUGGGCCAAUUAAUUGAUGUUAUCGUAGCAUCAUGUCCCUCAGGAAGCAUUCCACCUUCAUUGGGUAAAUCAGCGGGUUCUCCAAGAGUUAAAAAUCCCAAGAGCACAAAGCCGGAGAUACUUUCAAACAUCUGUGAAUUGCUUUGCUUCUGUGUCAUGCACCAUCCUUACAGAACAAAGUGCAAUCUUCUGCUUAAUAACUUUCUAGACAAAGUUCUGUUGCUAUUGCAUCGAAGGGAGAGGUACCUGAGAGUUGCUGCUGUCCGAUUUAUCCGUACGGUUCUUUCCCGCCAUGAUGAGCAUUUGAUAAAUCACAUAAUUAGGAACGACCUUCUCAAACCAAUUGUAGAUGCCUUUGUGAGCAAUGGUGAUCGUUACAACCUUCUCAAUUCUGCAAUUUUAGAUCUUUUCGAGUACAUUAGAAAGGAAAAUCUGAAGUUGUUACUCAAAUAUAUAGUCGACUCGUUUUUUCAAGAUUUGGUGAAGUUUGAACGUUUUCCGACGAUACAGGCCUUGAAAGUCAAGUUCGAGCAGAGCCAGGACAGUUCUGGACCUAAAAGCACCGGUAACGUCUCGGAUCCUCGGAAACGCAUAGACGAGCGCGCUUUAGAGAAAGAGGAGGAGGACUAUUUCAAUGAAGACAGUGAUGAAGAAGAUACUGCAUCAGCUUCCAUGUCGCAUCCCCAAAAGACACCACCUCAACCUGUUGCAUCUAAUGGAGUUUCACCGAGCUCCCAGUCAUUAAGUCCAAGAUCAGGAGGUCUUGUCGACUAUGAUGAUGAUGAAGAUGACGAGGACUACAGACCACCACCUCGAAAGCAACCUGAUGCCAUGGAUGAGGAUGACGGAGCAAUGGAGUCCCUUAGGUUGAAGAGGAAGCCUCUCAAGGAAAAAACGCCCGAGCUCGGGAAGAAGCAGCGAUUGAACAAAAGCACUAAGUCGAAAGACAGCGUUUUUGCCGCUCUCUGCUCAACCCUAAGCCAAGCAGUGCUUCCUGGUAAAAGGGGGUCGAACUCAAAUACAACACCGGGUUCUUCUCAAGCAGGGGAGUCUAACAAGGGUUCUGAUGAGAAGAAUGGACAGGAGACGGAAGCACUGAUUUCUCGGGGAUCUCCCGAUAGCAGCAGUUCAAAGGAGGAAACAGGUAACAAGGAGGAGCCUUCAUCUCCGAGGAGCUGCUCUGAUUCCUUGCAGAACCAAUCAUCUGACAGCACGAGACAGUUGGGGGGAGAGGAAAUUCCAUUGGUGCCACCCAAGUCUUCGCCAGAAAUGGCCGUGAAUGGAUCCUGA